UUGUCUGAAAAAAUAUCUUCGCCACGUGUCACAUAUAUUUGGUAAGGAUCUCAGUUAUGAGUCCCCCGAGAGAGUGAGAGCUCUCUCUGAGCUUCUGUGGCCAUGCCAUGGCUUCCCAAUCGCUAUGUGGAUGGUCAAGUUCCUCUCCAACCUCUUCUACUGUGAACCCUUCUUCUUCUUCUUCGUUGUGCAGACCGUUUAUCUUCUUUGCCUUUCACCCAACUCCGUCUAAACGACAUCGUUUCAGUUUCAGAGCUUCCUUUUUACGGGAUUCUUCUUCAUCGACCCGGGCUGCUACUUUCAAACAGGGUGGAAGGAAGUCUUUACGAUUCGAUUGCCCGUGCUCGAGCUCGAAAUCGGACGUGAAUUCGGUAAAUCGAUCCGCAAAACAAACGAAACCAAGCCUGAGUUUCAAGACCUUGUCUGCGAAGCGAUCUCUCUGGAGGAGGAUAUUUUUUGCGUCCAAAAAAGUUAGGAGCAUCAUUUUGCUCAAUGUCGUCACUCUUGUUUAUGCCAGCAGCAUCCCAGUUGUGAAAGAGGUUGAAGCAAUAGUUGAUCCAGCAUCAUUCACUGUUGUACGAUUUGCUUUGUCUGCCAUCCCAUUCAUCCCAUUUGUACUGCGAUCAGUAUCACAAAAGGACGUUGAUACCCGCAAUUCUGGAGUUGAGUUGGGUUUUUGGGUCAGUCUAGGAUAUCUGAUGCAGGCAGUAGGGUUGCUUACAUCUGAUGCUGGUCGUGCAUCCUUUCUAUCAAUGCUCACAGUAAUCGUGGUUCCAUUGCUUGAUGGUAUGCUAGGAGCAGUAGUUCCUGCCCGUACUUGGUUUGCAGCUUUCAUGGCUAUCAUAGGAGUUGCAAUGCUGGAAUCCAGUGGAUCUCCCCCUUGUGUUGGAGAUCUUUUGAACUUCUUAAGUGCGCUGUUUUUUGGUGUGCAUAUGAUAAGAACAGAACAUAUAGCACGAAGCACCAAAAAGGACAAAUUCUUAGCUCUCCUUGGAUACCAGGUAUGUGUUGUGUCCAUCCUGUCAACAACAUUUUAUCUUGUUGGAGGUUGGUCAGGGGGCUUACAAGAGUAUGAUCCAUCAUUAUGGUCUUGGACAAACUUUUGGAAUUGGAUGGUUGCCUUCCCUUGGAUACCUGCGAUAUACACUGGCCUUUUCUCAUCUGGGUUAUGCUUAUGGGGAGAGAUGGCUGCAAUGCGUGAUGUGUCAGCUACAGAAACUGCAAUUAUUUAUGCCUUAGAGCCAGUCUGGGGUGGAGGUUUUGCAUGGUUUCUCCUUGGCGAAAGGUGGGGUACUGCAGGUUGGGUUGGUGCUGCUCUUGUUCUAGGUGGAAGCUUAUCUGUGCAAAUAUUAGGGUCCUUUUCUUCUUCUUCUUCUAAAUCUGGUGAAGAUGAGAAACUUGACAUGGCACAGCACUCAGACAAGCGUAAAGGACUUUCUGCUUCUCCAAUUAUUGUCAGUUCCAGGAAGAAUGUUUCUGAUUUGUUAAAGUAGGUUAAUUCAUCUCAAAUCUUAUUGUAAUUUUAUAUAUAGAGUUAUUAGUACAUCUGUGUUUAUCUUGUAUAUAGUUGCUGGAGGCAUCACAAGUUUUCAGCCUUACAUUUAUACUUAAAAUACAUAAGCACAACUAGGUUGUAUAAGAGUGAAAAACUGAGAAGAGGUUAGGUAUAUAACAACAACAAUUGUAUGUCGUACUAAAUUUAAGCUCGUAUUAAGUGGAAUAAAUAGAUUAUGUUUGUAGCU